CGCCGGCGCCGGUGAGCGAGUGGCUGAGGCCGGAGGACGUGGGCCUGAGCCCCGGAGCGGCCCGCGGACGCCGAGCGCGCCUGUUUCCCGCGGUGACCCCGCCGCCAGCCGCUGGGAAGCCGGAGGCGCCGACAGGCUGUCGGUUGGUGUGUCUGUCUGCGCGACAAGAACAGCGGCCGGAGGCGCGGCGGCAGGAAGAGCGCAGGGCGGCCCUCGGACGCGGCGCUGAGCGGCGGAGGCGCACCGCUAGCCGGCCAUGUCGGUGGUGGGGCUGGACGUGGGCUCGCAGAGCUGCUACAUCGCGGUGGCCCGGGCCGGGGGCAUCGAGACUAUCGCCAACGAGUUCAGCGACCGGUGCACCCCAUCAGUCAUAUCAUUUGGAUCAAAAAACAGAACAAUUGGAGUUGCAGCAAAAAAUCAGCAAAUCACUCAUGCAAACAACACAGUAUCUAACUUCAAGAGAUUUCAUGGCCGAGCAUUCAGUGACCCCUUCAUUCAAAAAGAGAAGGAAAACUUAAGCUACGAUUUGGUUCCGAUGAAAAAUGGUGGAGUUGGAAUAAAGGUAAUGUACAUGGAUGAAGAACAUCUGUUUAGUGUGGAACAGAUAACAGCCAUGUUGUUGACUAAGUUAAAGGAAACUGCUGAAAACAACCUCAAGAAGCCAGUGACAGAUUGUGUUAUUUCAGUGCCCUCCUUCUUCACGGAUGCGGAGAGGCGAUCUGUGUUGGAUGCUGCACAGAUUGUUGGCCUAAACUGCUUGAGACUUAUGAAUGACAUGACUGCUGUUGCUUUGAAUUAUGGAAUUUAUAAGCAGGAUCUCCCCGGCCUGGAUGAGAAACCUCGGAUAGUGGUUUUUGUUGAUAUGGGACAUUCAGCUUUUCAAGUGUCUGCCUGUGCCUUUAACAAGGGAAAAUUGAAGGUAUUGGGAACUGCUUUUGAUCCUUUCUUGGGAGGAAAGAACUUUGAUGAAAAGUUAGUGGAACAUUUUUGUGCAGAAUUUAAGACCAAGUACAAGUUGGAUGCAAAAUCCAAAAUUCGAGCACUCCUUCGUCUGUAUCAGGAGUGUGAAAAGUUGAAAAAGCUAAUGAGCUCGAACAGCACAGACCUGCCAUUGAAUAUCGAGUGCUUUAUGAAUGACAAAGAUGUUUCGGGAAAGAUGAACAGGUCACAAUUUGAAGAACUCUGUGCUGACCUGCUGCAAAAAAUAGAAAUACCCCUUUAUUCGCUGAUGGAACAAACUCGACUAAAAGUAGAAGAUGUGAGUGCUGUUGAGAUCGUUGGAGGCACUACACGAAUUCCAGCUGUGAAAGAAAGAAUUGCCAAGUUCUUCGGAAAAGACAUCAGCACAACCCUUAACGCAGAUGAAGCCGUAGCCAGAGGAUGUGCGCUGCAGUGUGCAGCUCUUUCCCCGGCUUUUAAAGUUAGGGAGUUUUCUGUCACAGAUGCAAUUCCUUUUCCGAUAUCGCUGAUCUGGAAUCACGAUUCAGAAGAUACUGAAGGUGUUCAUGAAGUGUUCAGCCGCAACCAUGCUGCACCUUUCUCCAAAGUUCUCACCUUCUACAGAAGGGGGCCUUUUGAGCUAGAAGCUUUCUAUUCUGAUCCUCAAGGAGUUCCAUAUCCAGAAGCAAAAAUAGGCCGCUUCAUAGUUCAGAAUGUUUCUGCCCAGAAAGAUGGAGAAAAAUCUAAGGUGAAAGUCAAAGUGCGGGUCAACACCCAUGGCAUUUUCACCAUCUCUACAGCAUCUAUGGUGGAGAAGAUCCCAACUGAGGAAAAUGAAGGGUCAUCUCUUGAAGCAGACAUGGAGUGUGCUAAUCAGAGACCACCAGAAAACCCCGACAGUGAUAAAAAUAUCCAGCAAGACAACAGUGAAGCUGGAACACAGCCCCAGGUACAAACUGAUGCUCAACAAACCUCACAGUCUCCCCCUUCAUCUGAACUUACCUCAGAAGAAAACAAAAUCCCAGAUGCUGACAAAGUCAAUGAAAAGAAGGUUGACCAGCCUCCAGAAGCUAAAAAACCCAAAAUAAAGGUGGUGAACGUUGAGCUGCCUAUUGAAGCCAACUUGGUCUGGCAGUUAGGGAAAGACCUUCUAAACAUGUAUAUUGAGACAGAGGGUAAGAUGAUAAUGCAGGAUAAAUUGGAAAAGGAAAGAAAUGACGCUAAAAAUGCGGUGGAAGAGUAUGUGUAUGAGUUCAGGGACAAGCUUUGUGGACCAUAUGAAAAAUUCAUAAGUGAACAGGAUCAUCAGCAUUUCCUGAGGCUCCUCACAGAGACUGAAGACUGGCUCUAUGAAGAAGGAGAGGACCAAGCCAAACAGGCAUAUGUUGACAAGCUGGAAGAGUUAACGAAAAUUGGCACUCCAAUUAAAAUCCGGUUUCAAGAGGCUGAGGACCGGCCAAAACUGUUUGAAGAGCUGGGGCAGAGGCUCCAGCACUACGCCAAGAUAGCAGCUGACUUCAGAAACCAGGAUGAGAAGUAUAACCAUAUCGAUGAGUCUGAAAUGAAGAAGGUUGAGAAGUCUGUCAAUGAAGUGAUGGAGUGGAUGAACAACGUCAUAAAUGUGCAGGCUAAAAGGAGCCUGGAGCAGGACCCUGUUGUCCGAGCACAGGAAAUUAAAGCAAAAUUGAAGGAAUUGAACAACACUUGUGAACCAAUUGUAACACAACCCAAGCCAAAAAUCGAGUCACCCAAACUGGAGAGAACUCCAAAUGGCCCAAAUGUUGAUAAGAAGGAAGAAGAUUUAGAAGGCAAGAAUGAUUUUGGUGCUGAGCCUCCACAUCAGAAUGGUGACUGCUACCCAAAUGAGAAGAACUCCGCCCACAUGGACUUGGACUAGAGAAAGGGGAUGAAAUACCUUUGCCUCGUAUGUGAGCCUACCUUAACAUUCUGAAACUAUUUAUAUUUUCUUUUUUAAGGAUGUUUAGAAGUUUUGUGUAUUAUAUGGAAAAAGAAAAAGCUUAAGUCUGUAGUCUUUAUGAUCCUAAAAGGGAAAAUUGCCUUGGUAACUUUCAGAUUCCUGUGGAAUUGUGAAUUUCAUACUAAGCUUCUGUGCAGUAUUACCUUUUGCAUCACUGAGGAUGAAAUUGACUUUUGUCUUUUGGAGGAAAAUAAAAAACUGUACUGCAGGCCCCAGAGUGUUGUGAUUAAAAUCUUUUAAGCAUCCGUCCCUGCCAAGGUAGUUUUCUUGCAUUUUGCUCUCCAUUGCAGCAUUUGUGUGGGUGUGAGUGUCGAUAAACAAGGUUGUCUGCUUUCAUAAGGGCUUUCCAAAAUUAAUCCUGUCCAAUAGAAUAUGAUUUUUUGCUUCAGUAUUAUUAAAAAUUCAGUAAGUAAAGCAAAAGCUAGUGAAAUGUGUUAGCAGCAUGCAGAAUAAAAACUUCAAAAUAAUAUCUUGCUAAACAUUGUCAUGUGAAGGUGUGAAAAUAGAAAAAAUGUUGAUCUUGUAACUGAUAUUGUGAAGCCUUUUAUGAGCUUUAAAAUAAAGUUCAUCUUAUGGUAUCAUUUCUACAUUAUUGCUCUUGUCAUAUGUUUGGAAAUGAGACUUUAUGGAAGGAGAAUAUAAGAAAUAGCAUAAAUGAAGUAUUUUCUGUGAAAAUCCACUUUUCCUUUUUUGCAGCUCCUUAUCUUUUCUAAAUGAAAUGAAAAUCACUUUUUCCUGAUAAACUCUAAUGUAUGUUCAUUAAAUUUUAAAAACAAAUUCAAUAUAACUUAAAAUUCCACCACCCAACAUUGGUAACAACUUGUUGCAUAGCCUUCAAACCUUUUACUCCUAAUAGUUUGUAUGUGUCUUACCCUGUUUUUGUAGCCUUUUGUUUUGUUUUUUUCUCUUAUAAAAGACUGUAUACCAGGAAAAUCUAUCAGUAAAUCUAAUUGGGUGUUAGAA